AUGGGCACUAUUGUAAUUGGCGUUCUGAUUGGUAUUCUCUACACUGUACUUAAUUGCUCUCCCGGCUCAAAGUUUAGGAUUGGUUUUACCCUCUGCCAGAGAAUGAUAUUUGGAAUUAUAGGCUCAUACCUUGGGAUCGUCAUUAGGAUCAUGUUAUCCAUUGUAUUCUUUGCUUCCAUGUCUUGGUUAGGCGGUUUGGGCAUAGUAGUAAUGCUUUCUUCUUGGUCCAAGAAUUACAUGAAUAUGGACAAUACAUUCUCACACUCUGUGAACAUGACAAGGCGUGACUUUAUUGCCUUCUUUUUAUUCAACGUCAUCCAGAUUUGUUUCUUCAAAAUUAGGCCAGAGAAGAUGGGCCCCUAUGUUAACGGCUCCUGUUUCAUUACAUUUAUAGCAAUUCUUGGAGUGUUUGGUUAUGAAUUACACAAAUGUUAUGUCUUAACAGGUGGUCCCGGCCCAUUGUGGUACGAAUCUGUUGAUAUUCCUAAAUCAGAAGUUGGCUGGAUAUGGCUACAAGCAGUUACAGUCUUCUAUGGAGCUGUUUCUCCCAAUUGUACAAAUAUGAGUGAUUAUUCAAGAUUUUCAAGGUCUUCUAAACAGAUGUAUUGGGGUAUUGUCAUUUCGGUUGCUACCACUGGUGUUAUGAUUCCAAUGAUGGGAAUGGUUACUGCUUCAAACACUUUGGCUAGUUAUGGAACUGCAAUGUGGCUACCAACCGAUGUCUGUUUGAGAUGGUUACGGGAAAAUUAUAGCCCCAUGAGAAGGGCCGCAGCUUUUCUUUGUGGCUUUUCUUUUGCUUCCUCUCAAAUGACUUACAAUGUUAUUGCAAACGGGUUUGCCGGCGGUAUGGAUCUUGCAGGACUAUUUCCUAAAUAUAUUAAUAUAUUCAGAGGUGCCGUCCUUACUGCCUUGAUUUCGUGGGUUUGCCAACCUUGGAAUUUUUAUAAUUCAGCAUCAGUUUUCAAUUCUGUCAUGGCAUCAUUUGGUGUUAUGAUGUGUCCAAUUAUGGGGAUUAUGGUUUCCGAUUUUAAUUUAGUUAGAAAAAGAAGGCUAAGAGUAUCUCACUUGUACAGCUUGAAAAAAGAUAAAGACUUUUGGUUCACGUAUGGUAUCAACUGGAGAGCAUAUCUAUGUUUCUUUGCCGGGACCGUGCCUGGACUACCCGGAUUAGCAGCUGUGGUUAAUGAAAAUGUGCGUAUACCUACUGGUCUAUUUCAUUAUUUUCAGAACUCUACAAUUUUCUCCUUCAUCUGCCCUUUGAUCUUGUAUUAUUUGAUUUGCUUGGUUUCUCCGCCACAAGGAGCAGGUGAGAUAGAUGAGUAUGACUAUUUUGAUGUUUUUUCAGAAAAAGAAUUAGCUGAAUUAGACAUGAAGUCAUUCCAAGAUGGAUGCGAUUCUGAGGGAGUUAUUCCCUCGGAUAGAGUAUCUUUAGUCGAUGAUGAAGGGAAUAUACUAAGUAGUAUAGAUGAUAAUAAAAAAAGCCAGGUCUUUGUUAAAAGCGAGACCGUCUAA